AUGGCUGCUGAGCCUGAGUCUCUCCCUCUGAAGCUUCCAGGCUUCGGAUUCAAUUUAACCGACGCGCAGUCACUGAGGGCAACCCGUGCCAGAGACUAUGUUACCAAUACACUGAUAGAUAGACCAAAAUAUUCAUUUGGGUCUCAAGCUGCCGGCUUGUUUCCCUCCCUCUUGGACGACACUGACCCCGACGAUAAUUUUAAGCAACGUUUAACCCCCGUGCGAGAGUUCACCAUGCUUCGGAUUAUGAAUAGCAUAACUGACAAACCGGGCUGGGACACAAAAAUAUUUUGGGAAAACAUCACGAAGAAAUGGAAGGAGGAGUCGAUUGCGCAUCAAAACAUGGACGUGACUGGGCCCAUGAUGGAUUGGGUUAUCAAGGAACUGCAGUUCAAAACAACAGGAUUCAAGAAAAGCGGAAAUGUGCUGGUUUACGACGCGGGCGUUGUGAAAUCGGACACCGCAAUUUCAGAGUCCCUCAAAAACGCACUCAAAGCUGCUGCUUCCAGCCUUGAAAAUGUUCCAGAGAACAGGAAGGAUUACCAUCCCGGUUCAGAUAACCUUGUCCUGGAUCUGGUGCAUCCCUCCUUGUUUCCAGUUGUUUAUGGCCGGACAAGGGUUGUCAAAGGUGCCGUUUUAAGUGUCCUUGAAGGAAUCUCCGCGGCCGGACGUGGGGAAGUGCUUCCAAUCCCACCCACUGGUGAGGAUAGUGCAGCAACAUCCCUUCCUAGAAAUGGUUCCAUGCACAAUCCAUAUAGCAACAAGUUCCAGUGGCUUCCUUGCGAUGUGGAAUUCACGGCAGAUUCAGCAUCAACUGAAGACAAAGCCCUAAAUAACAAUGAUCAAAAUCACAAGUGCAAGAUCACCAGUUACAUAAACAAUCUACACCCAAAUGACCAUUGGGACUUAUAUGAUGUGAUCGAAAAAGUUAUCGAACAAGCAGUUCCAUUGUGGAACAGAACCCUAACCCCCUCGAGAAUUCGGGACCCCUACAUACGAAUACCAUAUGAUUGCGGCGAAGAGGAACUUGACGAGGAAGCCAUGAAAACUGAUCCAAAGCCCGAGAAAGAAUCUGACGAAGACGAGGAUGAUUAUGAGGAACGUGUAUCUGAGUGGGAAGUUCGGAUUCAGAAAACUGUCCUCCCAGAACCUGCUGACACAUUCUCCCCACCAAGCGAAGAAAUACUCGUUGACUUGCAACGCGACUUUGGAAGUACGGGGCUUCAGGUUAUCGUGAAGCUUGCAAACAUCCAUCUCACUCCAGAAAAACCUAGGUAUAAUGGGGGUACAUGGCACGUAGAGGGCCAAUUGAAUGAACACAUAUGCGCUACGGCGUUAUAUUACUACGACAGCGCGAACAUCUCUGAAAGCCGUCUUGGCUUCCGCCAAUUUUCCGAUCCGGAAGAAGCCAACGAGAUAUCAUACGAACAAGAUCAUCACCAAUGGCUAACGGAUGUGUUCGGGUGCACAAACAACGGCCCAGCACUGCAGGACGUUGGGGACGUAGUAUGCAAAGAAGGCCGGCUGAUAACCUUCCCAAACGUCCUCCAGCACCGCGUUUCACCCUUCAAGCUUGAAGACCCUUCCAAACCCGGCCAUAGGAAAAUCCUCGCGCUGUUCUUGGUCGACCCCCACAUCCACAUCAUCUCCUCGGCUCAUGUUCCAUGCCAGAGGCGCGAUUGGUGGGGUGAACAAGUACCCUGGCAGCAUAUCACGGGCAAACUGCCACCCGAGUUAGCCAAUGAGGUUGUGUCUCAUAUCGGUGAUUUUCCAAUAUCGAUGAGGGAUGCUAAGGAGUUGCAGUUAGAGCUUAUGGAGGAGAGGAAGGCGAUUGUUGUGGAGCAGACUAGGGCGAUGGAUAUUGAGUUUUCGUUGUGCGAGCAUUAG